CCUUCCGCCAUUCCCAAGGACCUCGGCGUCUGGCCCGAACCAUUGGAGCUCCUCCGUGCAGGGACCCGGGCGCCCUACUCGUCCAGCCCCUCCUCCGGGGACCCAGGAGUCCUGCUCGUCCAGCCCCUCCUCCGGGGACCCAGGAGUCCUGCUCGUCCAGCCCCUCCUCCGGGGACCCAGGCGUCCUGCUCGUCCAGCCCCUCCGGGGACCCGGGCGUCCUGCUCGUCCAGCCCCUCCUCCGGGGACCCGGGCGUCCUGCUCCUCCACCCCUCCCCCGGGGACCCAGGCGUCCUGCUCAUCCAGCCUUCCUCCGGGACCCAGGCGUCCUGCUCGUCCAUCCUUCCUCCGGGGACCCAGGAGCCCUGCUCAUCCAGCCCCUCCUCUGGGGACCCAGGAGUCCUGUUCGCCCAGCCUUCCUCCGGGGACCCAGGAGCCCUGCUCGUCCAGCCCCUCCUCUGGGGACCCAGGAGUCCUGCUCGCCCAGCCUUCCUCCGGGACCCGGGCGUCCUGCUCGUCCAGCCCCUCCUCCGGGACCCGGGCGUCCUGCUCGUCCAGCCCCUCCGGGACCCGGGCGUCCUGCUCGUCCAGCCCCCUCCUCCGGGACCCGGGCGUCCUGCUCGUCCAGCCCCUCCUCCGGGACCCGGGCGUCCUGCUCGCCCAGCCUUCCUCCGGGACCCGGGAUCCUGAACUCGGGCUCCUCCUCCCGGGGCCACACCCCGCCAGGUGAAGGCUUAGGGACUGCCGGGAGCCGGCGGCGGGAUUGCUGGCGAGAUGAGCGGCCCAGCAAGGCCCUCGGCGGCCCCCAAGCCCAGCGCCAAGUCCAUCUAUGAGCAGAGGAAGAGGUACUCCACCGUGGUCAUGGCCGACGUGUCCCAGUACGCCGUCAAUCACCUGGUCACCUUCUGCCUGGGCGAGGAGGACGGAGUGCACACCGUGGAGGACGCCUCCAGGAAGCUCGCGGCCAUGGACGCCCAGGCUCGCAUCUGGGCCCAGGAGAUGCUGCUGCAGGUGUCGGCCGGCCACGUCAAGCUGCUGGACGGGGAUUCCAAGGAGGAGCUGGAGUCCUACGGCCUCAACUCCAUCGUGCGCUGCGAGGCCGUGCGGCCCCCCGGCCAGACGCGCUCCCUCCUCCUCCUGGUGUGCCAGGAGCCGGACCGGCCCCAGCCCGACGUCCACUACUUCCAGGGCCUGCGGGUCGGGGCGGAGCUGAUCCGCGAGGACGUUCACGGAGCCCUGCAGGCCCAUCGAUCUGGCAGCGGAGAUCGGCGGGCGGCUGCCCUGAGGGCCACCCAGGAGGAGCUGAAGCGCACGCCCAGCCCAGGGCCCGCGGACCCCCCCUUCCAGCGCCGGCCUUCCACCCGAGUGGCCAUCGCCCCCCGCGAGCGGCUGCUGGGGCCCAGGGGCCAAGAAGAGGCAGCCGUCCCUGAGGAGGAGGACGGAGUGACCCAGACGCCCGCCCCGGACCUGGCCAGCCUGGAGGCCGAGCGGAACGUGGGCAUCCUGAACCACAUCCUGGACGAUGUGGAGAGCUUUGUGGCCAAGCUGCAGAAGUCCGCGGAGGCCACCCGCGUCCUGGAGCACCGGGAGCGGGGCCGAAGGGCCCGGCGGAGAGCGCCAGGCGAGGGCCUCCUGACCCUUCGGGCAAAGCCCCCCACGGAGGAAGAGUACACAGACAUCCUGCAGAAGAUCAAGUACUCCUUCAGCCUGCUGGCCCGCCUGCGCUCCAACAUCACGGAUCCCUCAGCACCCGAGCUGCUGCACUUCCUGCUCGGCCCCCUGCAGAUGGUGGUGGACACGUCUGGUGGCCCCAGCUUUGCCCAGGCCGUGCAGCAGCCUCACCUGACUGCGGAGGCUGUAGCCCUGCUCAAAGAGACCUUGACUGCCCGAGAGGCCGAGCUCUGGACUUCUCUGGGAGACGCUUGGACCAAGGCCAGGCUAGAGCUUCCCCCUGAGGAAGGCACCCCCUACUCCCCAGUCUUUUACAGUGGCUGGGAACCGGCCCCCACCAGCCCUGGGGGCCAGGCCUGGGAGGAUCCUGUGGAGGGGCAACACCGACAUGAGAGGCGUCGGUGGCAGCAAUCGGCCCCACAGAUUGAGGUCAAUGGUCAUACAGAACCAGACUCGGAGCUGGAGCCGGGGCCGGGGCCGGAGCCCAGGGUUCCUGGGAAGUGGGUUCUCUGUAACUACGAUUUCCAGGCCCGGAAUGGCAGUGAGCUCUCAGUCCAUCGAGGGGACCUGCUGGAGGUGCUAGAUGAUGCCCGGAAGUGGUGGAAGGUUCAGGACCCUCAGGGCCAGCAGGGGUAUGUCCCCUACAACAUUCUCACCUCGCACCCAGGACCCCGCAGCAGAAAGGCCAGCCCUGCCAGGGAGCUGGAACAGAGGACUCCUCCCCCACCCCUGGCCCCAGCCCCCCCCAGGCCCCGAUGGGGCAGCACAGACAGCCUGGACCUGGAUGCAGGGGAGAAGGAGAAGUUCGCUCACAUGCUGAGCGUCAACGAGGAGCUGCAGGCCCGGCUGGCCCAGGGCCCCCGGAGUCCCCGGAGCUCCAGUCGCGGGGCCGUCACGGCGCGACUGGCGCCCCCUGAACCCCCGCUCAGCCCCGGCUCCCCGGCCCCCGAAGUCCGUGCCUGGCUGCUGGCCAAGGGUUUCAGCCCCGGGACCGUGAUCGCCCUGGGGGACCUCACCGGCGCCCAGCUCUUCUCCCUGAAGAAGGACGAGCUGCGGGCCGUGAGCCCGGAGGAGGGCGCCCGCCUCUACAGCCAGGUCACCGGCCACCGCGCACUGCAGCAGGAUUCGGAAAAGCUGUCGGAGCUGGAGGCGGUGAUGGAGAAGCAGAAACGGAAGGUGGAGGGGGAGACGGGCGGGGACGCGCUGUGAGCCGCCCCCAGCCCCACCUCCCUCCUUCGGGGGCUCGCGGGCCCCGGUAAGCAGCCGAGAGCCUGGAGCCUCGCUCCGCCCCUACUCCCGCGCAGGCUCCGCCCAGCGCGCUCCUCAUUGGCUGAGGGCAGGGACGGCCCCCAGUCGGGCACUGGGAAUAAAAGGCGUUGUGUCU